AUGAGCAGAAGUUUGGGUAUUCCGGUAAAGCUACUCCAUGAAGCCUCCGGUCACGUCGUUACGGUGGAGCUCAAGAGCGGCGAACUCUAUAGAGGUAACAUGAUCGAGUGCGAAGACAACUGGAACUGUCAACUCGAAAGCAUCACUUACACUGCUAAGGAUGGGAAAACAUCACAACUUGAGCAUGUCUUUAUUCGAGGUAGCAAAGUCAGGUUUAUGGUCAUACCGGACAUGUUGAAGAACGCUCCUAUGUUUAAGCGUUUGGAUGCAAGAAUCAAGGGCAAGGGUGCUUCACUUGGUGUUGGCAGAGGCAGAGCAGUUGCAAUGCGAGCUAAGGCUCAAGCUGCUGGCCGCGGAGCUCCACCUGGUAGGGGUGUACCACCAGUGCGGAGAUGA